AAAGCCGGCGUCCUGGUUCGCGGAUUUCCUUUUGUUUUUCUUUUCUUCUUUUUUUUGUAUCGUGGAGAUAUUACUCAAAGUUACACAGUAGCCGAAGUUGUUAAAGUUUGUGGAAAGUUUUCGUUGCGCAGCUUCAGGCUACGGAUCCCGACGUGGUCCAAGUAAGCAACCGGAUAGCGGAGUAAGUGAGCAGCAACCCGCCCAGUGUUCAGCUGAGUAGCGGACAAACGAGCUGCUCGCGGACAUGAAUACACCCGGAGGAGGCCCCACGCCGCCGGGUACACGGAGCUCCACUGGGGGGGACAGGGUUUAGCAAGAGGCAUUCAGAGUUGUUGACCUCACUGGAGCUGGUCUCACUGAAGGUUAGGGACUGACGAGAUGCGUUCCAGUGUGGAUGAGCCAGUAAGCCCCAUUGGCAGGGAAGGCACGGGCAAUAACAACAACAACAACACCACCACCACCACCAAUGAAAACAGUGGAAACUCCGGCUCCCAGUAUGCACUGUGUGCUCUGGGCGUUGGGCUGGUUGCCCUGGGUAUCGUGAUGAUCGUGUGGAGCGUGGUCCCGGCGGACGGGGCCAGCAGCAACAGCAGCAGCAGCUCGGGAGGAGGCGGACACACAAGUGGCAGGAAACACAAAGCGUCGUCCGUGGCCUUUGUGCUGGUGGGGUCCGGGGUGGUCAUGCUGCUGCUGUCUUUGUGUCUGGGAAUGAGGAACAAACAGCGGGAGCAGCAGAGGCUGCAGGAGGCCCACAGCCGCGGAGGAGCGGCGGCAAGGGAGCAGGAGGAAAGACAAACUGCUGAGGAACAAGCCCACCGGUACGCUGUGCCCAGCUACGAAGAGGCCAUCGGCAGUGGCCAGUACCCUGUCCGUCAGAGCAACCUUCGCCCCAGCACCUCCCAGCUACCGUCCUACGAUGACCUUGUCCAAGUUGAUGGUGUGCAGUUUGAAUCCGAGGGGUCGGAGGUCACAACUCCCGGAUCGCAGCCGGCCACCCCGGCACCAACUGCUCCCUCUGCGGCUGCUUCCACAUCGAAUCGCAGACCUGGGAAAAAUAGCCGCAAGCUCCUCCCUAUCAAGAUCCGCAGGAUCAAAUCAGAGAAGAUGCACAUGAAAAACAUUGAUAACUCUCUGCCAGCUACUGGACUCAGAAUAGAACCCCUGACCCCACCGCCGCAGUACGAGGAUAAAAUGCCGCCGCUUUAAGAUCAAGCUGAUCGUGUUUCAGACAAUCUACUGACAUCCCUGGAAUCCUCCGCGAUCCCCGUUUGUGGAUCUGGAUCUGUGUUUUUAUACCGAGACUUGAACAGGGCACUUCAUGCAAAAGCAAAUACGCUGUGGCACUUUCUACAAGGAUAUAGUCCAGUAUUAGUUGUAAUGCAUAACUCGUGCCACAUCACUCCAAAGCAACAGGGGAAACCUCCCGGUUUUUAAAUUUUGGCUCUCUGAAACCGAAAGAGCCAGAUAGUGAUGGCCGUCGUCGCUGUCAACCCUCCGCACCGGGACAGAUGCUGUGACCCGGUGGCACUUUGGAUCAACGGCACCAAACACACUGCACUCUGAGGUCCAAGUCCUUUUCUGUUGCUGCAUUAUGUUUAUGUGUUUCACCGUGCAACGACUGUACAGGCGAGGUCACACGGAGGGAGAGAGGGAGAAAGAGAGAGAGGGAGGGAGAUAGAGAGAGAGAGACUCACUUAAAUAGAUCAUUUCGUGAAGUGGCUGCUGUUUGGCAGCGUUUGGAUGACGACUGCCAGCGGUUUACUAAAUGUCGGCUCCAUGGCGAGUGACUGGUCUUUGUAUGGACUGGCAUGACCGGAUGUGGCACGCUACACACAAACCCUCCCUCGCUGUCAACAAUAGGGUCUCCUGGUCCUCCAGAGCGAUGCGGUCAAUGCGAGAUGCGUUCGUCGUGCUGACCGGUGUUGGAGAGAGUUUCCUGUGUUUUGUAUUCGCUUCUGGUGCUUCGUCUGGUUUUUCCUUUACCUGCCACCCUAGAAAAGCUGAAACAUGGCACUGGGGUUCUCUUUACAUAUUCUAAGAUGGGCUAUCUAUCGGACAGCAAACUUCUACUGAUGAGCGAGAACAAACAAAGCUUUGUGAGCAUUGGUCAGCUCCAGCUCCCGUGAUGCUUGGCCAUCGGCACUCUCCCAAAACCCAAAGGGAGUUGUAGUUGUUGAAUACAAUCAAAAUGUCUCUUAUUUUCUCUCCCUUAAAACAUCAAGGCACUCUGACGUUACUCUACAGGAAAGUAUAUUUGAAGAGAAGAGAAGUUGUAUGUUUUUCAUAAGACAGAACCCUGUCCAGGACACGGUAUGGUGGACUGGAGGGAGGGGGCGGCGACUUCAGCUGUUUACCAUUUUACGGUUGUGGAUAUUUGUUUCCUGAGCAGGACAUGGUCCAACAUUCCUAAAUGUCUGUUGUUUCACUGAAUACGCCGUGACAUGGUAUCAUUACUAUAGCUGUAGGGAGGAACUGUGACCCACUAAGGGGACAAAGACACUGAAGCAAAGUCGAGUUUCUAUCUAACGGGUCGAUAAAAGUCCAAAUGUCGCUCGCUUUUUGGAAACACAGCCGUGUCUUCAGCUCACUAUUGACCCGUGUACUUUGCCUUGUGUGCCGAUUCUUUGCUCCGCAGACAACACGUCGUCUCCAGGCAUAUCUCAUAAGACUCCUCCAUACAGUCAACACGUGCCAAAACACAAACGAUGACCUCCAGAGCUGGUUGUGGGGUCAGACUGGAUGGAUGUGGGUCAGGGAGAGGGAAACGCUCCGUGGUGGAUUCAACGGCCAAAUUGCUCAUUUACACCUGCUGGUGCGGCACCAAUGCUCGCCAUCGGGCUCCUGUUUUUAGAGACAUCUCUUUCGAGGAGGCCGACGGUCUAAUUUGAAUGGGAGAUUUCUCCUUUGUAUCGGCCUGCGGCAGCAGAGCGAGUUUUCCCUCCAGCUGAACACGCUAGAGUCCAGUCAAGUGCCGAAGACAUCGUGCGACUGAACCCGAGCUCUUGUGUUGCUCUUCCCGUGCAGCGUUGCGUUUACUGUCGAGUGCAGAAUGAAGCGAGCGCGGGCGUCAUGGAGGGAGCGUGUGAAUAGUUGAGAGCUGUGAAGAACACGGAGCUGUGAAGGCAGUGGUGUCGUCUCCGGGCUCGAGGUGACCGACAGAAUGACUCUCUGACGGCACAGCUGCGCCGCAGCAACGGCACCGGUUGCUCACUCGCUCGCUCGUCGCCAUGCCGACAACCACAGCUUGACCCGCAGCCUUGUUUUCACUUGGAAGAACGAGGAGAAUCGUCCGAUCGGAGAAGAAAGGCAGCUGUUCGGGGGCCUCCGGUCCGAGCUCCGGUCCGAGCUCCAGCCUCACGCGGUUUGAAAAGCUCUCGUCUUCUUCCCGCUGGACUUGUUCUCACAUGAACUGCUGAAGCCAAGCCCUUUACCAGCCAGUCUGUUAAACCGGACACAUGUUAGGGAGGGGAUGUCUUUCCUCAUUAGUUUUGUGGCACUUUAAAUUAGUGACGUCAUCACCCACUUUCACACUGUUUUGGUCAAAGUCAUUGCAGUUGAUGCAAAGGAAGCGACUCGGUCACUGUCAGCUGGUCAGAUGCUAUAUUUGCAUAUUUUCUGGGAAGCAAAAGGCAACCAGAUCGCUGAGUCACUUCAGGUUUGUCUUUUACAAUUCAACAUUUCAAAGUCUCUCUUGCCAAACGUUGUAUUAAUUCUUUAUUUGUUGUCGCGUACAGUUUGUCGUGCGUCAUCUGCAAAGGACCCGUUAGCUACGUGAUUGAUUUUAUUACUUUUGUAGUCCAAAUGUUUUACAAUGAUGAAAUCAGUGUUUUGAUUUAGCGGUCACUUUCUGUUUUACUUUGACGAGUGUCUGAAAUACAUGCCGUUUGUUCAUCUAUUAUUGCUUCUUUUUUUUCUUUUUUUUACUACUUCAGUCUGUAUUUGUUGUACUGUGAAAAUGUGCUUUUCUAUGAUCAUUCUAAUUUGUUUGUGGGAAAUUUGUUAUUUUCUUAGAGUAAAAACCCAUUCAUGUCAUGAAUAUUUAUGAGAAAUUAAAGAAAGUAUUUGUUAACUAAC